UUCUAGUUCCAAUAAAGCGUAUGUGGGUAUGUUAUGUGAUAAAAAGGCUCAAUAAUAUUAAUUCUUAGGUAUGUGGACAUUAUAUGAGGGUUUGUUAAAGUACUAUAAAAAUCUUUAAGACUUCAGAUUGAUUGUUAGAUAAACUAUCCUGUGUACAUGCUGGCAUUACCGGAGUUGAGUAGUUAAUUUUAACUUGAGAACAUCAUUUUCUAUUUAUCAUGUUUCAAUUCGAAGUUAUUCUCUGUUAUGCUAUUGUUUUUUCUGAAUUAUAAUGCUGAUAUAUAAUUCUAGUGAUUGUUAUCGUAUGACUUUGCUUUUUCUUUAUGAAUGCCAUGUUCUAAUGUGUAUAGAUUGACUCUUAUACUUCUUUUGAAGGGAUUUGCUUCAGUGUUCUUCAAUUUAAUAAUAAUGAAAUGGCAGAUUAAAUGAUUGGGCUACUUGGUUUGAGCUUAAUAUUUAUUGGAAGUGGCUGGGUACUGGAUUCUGAAUUCAUAUAGAGCAUAGAGAGCCGCUAAAAGGCAUAUUCUGAACAAAGUAUGGAAUAGAUUAUGGAUCAGUUAAUCUUUCUUCAGUUUCAGUACAUGUCUUCUUCGAUUUACCAGAUGGUGGCACAAGGGUCUUGCAAACUAUUCUAGGUCUACCAAGAUGACAAAAAGCUAUAAAUAAUAAAUCUUUCGCUGUUGGAUCUUGUUUGCCGAAUUGCCACCAUGAUGAUAAUGUCUGCCCAGGUGUGUAAUGCAGACUCUCAUCUAGCAAACCCAUUAAUAAUUGUAGUCCAUAUAGUAACAUUCCUAUGCAUGAGACUCUCAAGCAAAGAUUCAGCAUCCUUCGUCAUCCCACAACUUGUCAAAAGCGCAUUAUCUACUGCUGUUUUAGAUGAAUGUUGCGUCUUCACAAUUUGAGCAUGAAGUUCUUUCCUUUCCUCAAUUGCUAACAGACUGCCGCAAAGUUCUAAGAGUAUGCAUAAUGGUUUGGCCUAAACCCUAUACUAUCAAGCUUCAUGAAGAAACGAAAAGCCUCAUCAAACCCAGGUAUCAAGCAAUUGCAAGAAGCAACCUCAAGAGAGGCAUUUUAUUAACAAAGAUAAUGGCACUAUACAUAUCUCCACGUCUAGCAGACAAACAUUUCGCCAAUUCCAUUCAUAAUCAUCAAAGCAUGGUAUCUUCUUCCAAGUUCAAGACAUCUCUCACGGCUAGCACCUUGUGCAUCAUUGAUACACUCAUCAUCACUGAAAACUUCAUUCGAAGUACCAAUUCUUGAAAAAUUACCAUCGUGUAUGACAUUCUGUUCUUCACCGUCCAUAUAUCCAUUGAAACGAGUUCAGUCUUCGAAACACAACAGCCUUUGUUCUAACUUGUUAAUUAAUUAUAAACCUCAUUGGGUAGUGUUAUUUUUUUACCUUGAAGUGGAGCAUUUACCAGGUCAGCAACAGAACAGAAGCUGCUCAACAAGGGCCCGAAGUCAACUCUGUGUUUUGUUUCUUUUGUACUUUUAAAAUGAUCCGUUAAACAAGGUUAUUUUAGCUGAUUUCACAUAAUAAAAUAUGCCUAUUUUAUCUAGUGUAUGUUUCCUCACCGUUGGACUACAAUUUCAUCUGGGACUACUUGCAGUAUCUUUUCGUGAUCCGUUCUCCUAAAAAUUCUAACUGUAUCAGCAGUUCAUGGAUUAAAAAACAGGAGCAAAAACUAACAAAAGUUCAUUCCCUCACUCGCAGGCCAACAAAAGUUCUAUAAUUCUUCCACAAUUACAAGCUUAAUUGAAUAUGCAUGUAUUGUUACCACAUACUUUUGUCUGUCUUCCCCAACUCUUUUCAAAAUCUUCUCUUUUUUACUUUCAAAACCACACGAACUUAACAAUGCCUAACAUCUAUGGAGAUAAUUUAAGCCUUCUUGUGUUUUCUCCGCAGUCUUUUACACCACUUUAUAGGGAUUUCAAGACGAAGAGAAGAAACAAUGUAACCCUUUUGAGGGCCGGUCGGAGAGAGUCUCUUUACGAGGUUUUAGGCGUGUCUCCUUCGGCAACUGCUGCUGAAAUCAAAAGGGCUUAUCGGAAACUUGCUUUGAAGUAUCAUCCUGAUGUCAAUAAAGAGGCAAAUGCACAAGAAAUUUUUAUGAGGAUUAAGCGUGCAUACGGUACAUUACUGAAUUCCGAAUCUAGGAGAAAAUAUGAUUAUUCAAAUCGCACAUCUGAUUUUUCCUAUUCUACUGGUCAAAGAAGCCAAAGCACAAAUGCCCAAACUGGAGAACAAUUCUAUGGAUUUGAGGACUGCUUGAGAGAUCUUCAAGGGGAAUUCCAAAACAGGGAAUCAAAUGCUGCUUCACAGGGGAAGCCAAAGAGUCUAUGGGAGGAAUUUUCGGAAAUUGGAGAAGAAUUUGUGGAGUUCCUAGAAAAAGAGCUUAACAUAACUGACACAGAAUCUGAAGCAAAAAACAGCUGGGAAGGGCCUGGAAAAGUUGAUCCUUUUAACAAUGCAUCAACCAGGAGAACAGCUAGUAGUGUGCAAAAUGAAGCUGAGAAGGGAAGCAGCAUUGACGAAAAACUUGGUGAAAUAGAAGCUACUCUAGCAAAGUUGAAAAAGAAAUUGGGUCUGUAGCAAGGACUUGUAACAUAUAUACAAUUACAUUGAUUCUUUAAUGCAAGAUAUAAAAGGCCAAGACAGUAUUUCUGCCAUAA